AUGGAUACAAUACUUGCUAGUUGGAUUGCUAUUAACAUAUCUGAAGAUGGCAGGUCAGUUAUGGUAAGGAAUGUUACUAAUGCUCUUCCAGUUCAUCAUAUGAUAAGUUUUAAGUUGGCAGAUGCUAUUAUCAAUAGUCUAAAUUCUUCUCAGCAGAAGUUUUGGAGAAAGAAGAAAACUAAUAAAGGCAAACCUGCAAUUUCAUGGAAACAUGUUAGUAAACCCAAGGAAGAAGGUGGACUGGGAUUCAAAGAUCUCAAACUAUUUAAUAGAGGUCUUCUUGCAAAGGCUGCUUGGAGACUAUGCACGGAUACUACAUAUGUUUGUGCACAAUCUCUCAAAGCUAAAUACUUUCCAGAUGUGAGGGUUUUUGAUAUAAAGGAUAAUCCAAACUCAACUUGGUCUUGGAGAAGUUUGAGCUCAGAACUUCAUUUUAUCAAGAAAUACAGCUGCUGGAGCAUUGGUGAUGGUCAUAAAGUUCAAAUAUGGAACUAUAGAUGGAUCCCAGAACUGGAAGUUCCACCUACACUCAAAAAUGGAGCCACAAACUAUCUGAAUUACACAUAUGUUCAUCAUCUUUUUACAGUCUCAGGGGGAUGGAAUUAUGAUCUAAUCUUUUCUCUUUUUGAUAACUGUAUUACAAGACUCAUACUUAACAUUUCUAUUCAUCCUCGGUAUGAAGACAGAUUAGUCUGGACACUGGAAAGAAAUGGUUUUCUCUCAGUAAAGUCUACAUAUAAAAAAACGGUUUCAAGAACAGAUUGUUGGUCAGUCAGUUGGGAACAGAAUGCAGAUUAUCUACAAAAGAUUGUGGAAACUCCCAUUGUUGCCAAGAAUAUCUCAAUUUCUCUGGAAGUGCAUUAA